AUGGGACACAAGCAGUCCAAGGAAGAGGAGAGGAAGAGGCAGGUGAGGAAGAGUGCCGGUCGUGAGGACAGCUUGACGUCGGCAGAGCGGAUCCGCAACCAUGCGUACAAACAGUGGGGCUACAGCAUACUGAGCCUGGCCCGCCGCGGCCUCAAGGAACCCCCCAAGGAACUGUGGGAGCUGACGGAGCUCGAGAAGCUCAAUCUGUCGUUGAACUGCCUGCGGGCUCUGCCCCCCGCCCUUAGCAUCCUCAGCAACCUGGUGGUCCUCAACCUGUGGGGAAACCAGCUGACCAGCCUGCCCCCAGAGAUCGGCCAGCUCAGACACCUCCGCGUCCUGUUCUGCUACCGCAACCAACUGACCGAGGUUCCAGAGGAGCUGGGCAACUGCACCAGGCUGGAGGUCCUCAGCCUGGCCAACAACGAGAUAUCUGGCCUCCCUGCCUCCUGCGCCAACCUGACCUGCCUGAGGAAGCUCAAUCUCAGCCACAACAAAAUUGUUCACAUCCCCGGCUGCGUCUACACCAUGAAGAGACUGGUAUUCCUCCACCUGGCCUGCAACAGGCUGGAGUGCAUCGCCGAGAGCAUUGCGGCGCUGGUGGAGCUCAAGAUCCUCAUCGUGGAGGGGAACGAGAUCCACUCGCUGCCCAAGAUGAUCUGCUGCCUGACGCGGCUGGAGCUGCUCAACGUGGACUUCAACGACAUCCAGAACGUGCCCCAGGAGAUGCACCAGCUCAGCAGGCUGGAGAAGCUGGCCUACCACCCUCUGGAUAAGGGGCUCCACAUCAUGCAGAACCCCUUGCAGAAGCAAAUCAAAGAGGUGCUGGAAGGAGGCCUCAUCGCCCUCUUUAAUUAUCUGAAAUCUAAUUAA